AUGUCCGCAACAAGUGCUCUAGAGAAUAAUGAGGAUUUAGAGAACAUUCCUCUUGUGCGGAUGGCGGAUGUGCAGCCGGAUAGGAGUUCUGAAAUGUAUUUAAUAAGUAACAAAAAAGUUAGUAACUACGAAGUCGACGAUUGUAAUAUAGGUAGCAUGGUCUCGAUACAGACCGAAGAAGUAGUUGAAGACGAUGGUAAUGAGACUGAAUUUAUAAUACCAGAUAAUGUCGACCAAAAUCACGAUGUGCCAAUGACGUUGAUUGUCGAGAAAAUACAAUCGAAACCGAAUCCUGAACAUUGGCCGACAUUAGAAAUAUUGCCGGGUGGAGUUAUAAAAUAUGCUGAUAAAUACGAGGAAGAUCUGACUUGCUGCCAGAAUGAAGUUGAGUCUGGAUGCUCGGACAUGAUGUAUGCUUGCGCUAAAUGUCCACAAAGAUUCAACUACCUAUUCAGUCUCGUAAAACAUGUUAAAUUACAUGAGAUACAAAAGAAGAAAGAACAAGAAUUAGAUUUAAUAUCAAUAAGUCUCGAUCCAAGUACUACACAUAAAUCGAUGCCAACAUCACCGAUAAAAAUAAAAAAACAGGUUUGUGAAACCAAAAACAAGAAAAAAGGCAUAUCAAAAAUGAAAUCAAAGUGCAAACUACCAAAGAGAAAUUAG